AUGGACGGCAAGAGACACCCAAGCUCGUUCCAGCAGCUUGAGAAGCUUGGCGAGGGCACCUAUGCUACCGUGUUCAAAGGUCGUAACCGGCAGACUGGAGAGCUUGUCGCUCUCAAAGAAAUCCACUUGGACUCGGAAGAAGGCACCCCCUCGACGGCGAUAAGAGAGAUCUCGCUCAUGAAGGAGCUGAAGCACGAGAACAUUGUCGCCCUCCACGAUGUGAUCCACACCGAGAAUAAGCUGAUGUUGGUGUUUGAAUACAUGGAUGGAGAUCUUAAGAAAUACAUGGACACCCAUGGCGAUAGAGGCGCCCUCAAGCCUCACCAGAUCAAGUCGUUCAUGUAUCAACUGCUGAGAGGCAUCGACUUCUGCCACCAGAACAGAGUUUUACAUCGAGACCUGAAGCCUCAGAAUCUCCUAAUUAACGGCAAGGGACAGCUGAAGCUUGGCGAUUUCGGCCUUGCUCGUGCCUUCGGCAUUCCCGUCAACACGUUCUCGAACGAGGUGGUCACGUUGUGGUAUCGCGCACCAGAUGUCCUUUUGGGCAGCAGAACGUACAACACCAGCAUUGACAUCUGGUCUGCGGGAUGUAUCAUGGCGGAAAUGUACACCGGCAGACCACUGUUCCCUGGCACAACAAACGAGGACCAGAUUAUUCGUAUCUUCCGCAUCAUGGGAACCCCAACCGAACGAACCUGGACUGGCAUUACGCAAUUCCCCGAGUACAAACCCACUUUCCAGAUGUACGCCACUCAAGACCUUCGUCAGAUUCUUCCUCAGAUCGAUCCUACUGGCAUCGAUUUGCUCCAACGAAUGCUGCAGCUACGCCCCGAACUUCGCAUCAGUGCUCACGAAGCCCUCAAGCACCCCUGGUUCAACGAUAUCGUCAUGCAACAGCAUCAGCAGCAAGCUUUGCAAGCACAAGCUAGAGCCUACCCGGGACAAGGGUCUUACGAAAAUUACUGA